GGGUUUGGGGAAGUGGGCCGCACACCUCCACCCAACAAUUCUCAGAGUACCCCCCAGGGGUCUUGUUUCACCUGACUGCGCUAAAACUUUUCUUGAGAGUGCCCUUAUCCAUCAAGGCGUCGAAAACUUAUUAUUGAAGUUUUCGUUGCAAUUUGUGGCUAUUUCCACCGUUUUUGGCUUUCUUUGCCACCUCCUCUAGAAGGUGGUCUGACUGGGAUUUCCUCGCCAGUGCGAACUGGGGAGAUCAUUUUAGGACUGCGAAGGACUGGGACUACGAUGGUCACGUAGCAACAAGGGACCGCCAUUUUUUUGUUUUGGAACAAAUCCUCCACAGAAGUUCUCUGAGAGUUCUCUGCGACAAAAUGGCUCACACUGUUAUAUCCACGAAGUUACCUCCAAACAUAGAUCCAACAAAAUCACGAAUUGCCUAUGGAGAUCGUGCACUGCCUAAACUAAACCGUGAAUUAAACAGUCCAGACCUUUUAACACGCCAAAGAGCGCUGAUGUCACUUUGUGAUGUGAUGCACAAUCCUGAACACAUAUCUGAAGGACUCAGAGUUGGUAAGUUAAUUCAAGUGACGCUUUUGAGUGGUUUACCAUGGAAUAUCCCACAAGUCACUGGUAUGUUCUUGGAACUCAUCUUAGACACCCUUCAUUACUGUAUGACGAUAGAAACCCAGUCAGCAUUAGAAAGUGGAGCUAUGGAAAGCUUCACGAAAUUACUUGCACACAAAACAGCAACCAUCAGAGGAAAAGCUGCAAGGGAUGUCAUGGAUUUGAGUUUUCCAUUGGAUGGUAAGGAUAAAGCAGUUGACGUAGGUGCAAUUCCUGAACUGGUUUCCCUUCUUGCUGAUGAUAAUACUGAUGUCAGGGCACAGGCUGCGGGAGCCAUUAUGACGAUCACAAUAACAACUAAAGGGAAGAAUUCUGCAAUUGAGGCAAAUGCAAUUCCAAACCUUGUGAAGUUGCUGGAUGAUCCAGAGAGUGAAGUUAGAUUAAACGCACUAAAAGCAAUUACAACGCUUGCAGAAGCGCCAUUAGGCAGAACAACGUUACUAGCUUCAGUAAAUGAGGUGUCAAAACUUAUCCGUGAUCAUGACAGCCCAGCUGUGAGGAAGGCUGCACAGAUUGCUGUUCAAGUUAUUACUUGGAAACCAUGAUCAAAAUCUGAAUAAAAGAAAAACUGUAUAUUAUAUAAUAAUGAUAACCUCUACAGUUUUAAAAUCUUAUUUACCUGUAAAUUAAGGUACUUGUCACUUAUCUUAACAUUGGUAAAUGUAGAUGCAAGACCUCCUGCCAAGAGGUGUAUGAAUUAGGUGUAUCACAAUACAUACAUGUACAGAAUCAAGUUUAUUAGAAGCACUUGAGAUUUUACAUAACAGAGCUUUACUUCUGUACCACAUUCAUAGUACAUUUAUCAGUUGUUAAGUAAGGUUCACAUAAAUUAUCAAGGGUACAACACUCUUUAAAAUUCAAUGAACCCGUUAAAUGGAGUUUACAGUGAACAUGUAUGUGUGAUAUUUUAAUUGUGACCUAUACUAAACAACUCAUUCAUAAGAAUUCCUUUUUCAUGGUUCCUCUAGGAAUACAUCUGACUGUGUAUUUGUACAUCUAAUGCUUGAUACAGAUCUGUAAGUAACAACUUACAUUGUUACUACUCAAAAUAAAAGACUGAAAUAAAA